AUGGGAAUGCCUUCCGCUCUUCCCUUAGACACGGAAUUGCUCCCCGAGACGAUGCGAAACUGCGGCUACCACACGAUGGCCGCGGGCGAGUGGCACGUCGGCUACGCCAAAACGGCAAACACGCCUUGGGGCAGAGGAUUUCAAAACUUCACCGGCUACCUCGGCGGAUCGGAGGAUUAUUACAAGAAAACGCGGUGCUUGGACUCGCACACUUGCGGAAUCGACCAAAACACGGAUGGAGAUGUUUUCGGGGAGCGGGUUUACCAAGCUGAUCCAAGCGAAUACUCGGCGUUUAAAUACAUUCGCCAGGCGAAAAAGUACAUUGACGGGCGAGACAAGAACAAGCCCUUCUUUCUCUAUCUCCCGAUGCAAUCCGUUCACGCGCCGCUAGAAGCACCAGCUGAGUACAUCGCCAAAUACGACGGAAUCAUCGACGACAAGCCGAGAAAGAUCUACGCGGGAAUGGUGUCCGUGAUGGACGAAGGGAUUGGAAACAUCACUUCUCAUUUGAAGGAAUCCGGCUUGUGGAACAACACGAUCUUCAUCUUCUCCACUGACAACGGCGGACAAGCUUAUGUCGGCGGCAACAAUCUCCCUUUGCGAGGCAACAAGGCCGGCUACUGGGAAGGCGGCGUUCAUGGAAACGGCUUCGUCGCUGGAGGAUACUUUGAAACCCGAAGAACCGGGAACGAAGUCAUCAACAAGGAGCUCAUCCACAUUUCCGACUGGUACCCGACGAUCAUGGAAGCUACUGGCUGCCAGAAAGCGCCGAAUUCGCCCGAUUUAGAUGGAAUGUCUCAGUGGAAAAUGCUCCUGGAUCUUGAGCAAUCUCCUCGGGAUGAAAUUUUGCAUAAUAUCGACGAAAUGACCGUGGCGAAAGGGUCAGACAAUCGAACCUUCAAGUCGGACUUCAAUAUUUCCGUCCAAGCGGCGAUUCGCUGGAAGAACUGGAAGCUGCUGACCGGCGACCCUGGCUACCCAGACUUUCCAAUCACCAUUCCUCCCCAAGGCAACAAAAAGCCCAUUUUCACGGUCGAAAACGGGCUUCAAUACCCAAUCCCGCCGCGGCCAGAACCUCUCGACCGACUUGUCCGCCUCUAUGACGUCAUCAAGGACCCAACUGAGGGCAACGAGGUUUCAGACUUUCAUCUGGACAUUGUUGAAUUUCUGCUGGAUCGACUUUCUUUCUGGAACUCGACGCAAGUGCCGAUCAAUUUUCCCGAUGUGGAUCCAAAGAGCUUCCCGGAAUAUCAUCAGGGCUUUUGGAAACCUUGGCUUGGCUGA